AUGGCACUGAAAGUCGAAACGGCCCGCGGCGCCAUGACCGGCACCCGCUACAUCGAGAGCCUCCGCGACGGACGUGAGGUCUGGCUGGACGGGGACAAGGUUCCCGACGUAACCACACACCCGGCGAUGACGGGCAUGGUCCACGAACUGGCGCGCAUUUACGACCUGCAGCACUCCGAACAAUACCGGGAUGAAAUGACCUUCGUGUCGCCGGAGACGGGAAAGCGGUGCAGCCUGUCAUGGCUGCUGCCGCGCAGCCAUGAGGACCUGAAACGGCAGCGUCGCAACAGCGAAAUCUGGAACGAGGAGUCCUGGGGUCAGUUGGGCCGCAGCCCGGACAUCCUGGCGCCGCAUAUCAUCAGCCUCGUGGCCAUCAGCGACGCGCUGGGGCAGGUGAAGCAUCCCAAGUGCGACUUCGGCGAGAACAUCAUCAACUACCACCGCUACUGCAUGGAGAAUGACCUUUUCCUGACCCACGCGCUGGGCGACCCGCAGGUGGACCGCAGCCAGCAACCGCAGAACGAGACCCGCGGCGACGGUGAAACGGAAGUGGCCCUGCACGUAAUCGAGGAAACGGCGGACGGCGUCAUCGUCCACGGCGCCAAGCAGUUGGCCACGGCCGCGCCGAUCAGCAACGAGACCUACGUGUCGCUAUCGGCCACGUUCAUGCGUCGCUCCGAUCCCCGUUUCAUCCUGGCCUUCUCGAUUCCGACGGACACGCCCGGUAUGAAGAUACUGUGCCGAGAGCCGGUGUCACAGUGGCCUGGCAGCUACGGCCACCCCCUGGGGGCGGUUUACGACGAGCAGGACUCCAUGCUGUUCUUCGACCAUGUGCUGGUGCCCUGGGAUCGGAUUUUCAUGCUCUACGACUCUGCCCCGUUACUGCAACGCCUGGGCUCCGAGGCCAACUUUCGGGGUUGGAGCAACCUCUGCCGCAUCCACCAACGCAUGAAGCUGAUGACCGCCGUAGCAACGCUUAUCGCCGAGGCCAUCGGCGUGAUCGAGUACCGGGAGGUAUCGGCCAAGCUGGGCGAGAUGGCCAUGCACACCGAGAUGUGGCGGCACGCCAUGGACGGCGUGGAGCACAACGCCUUUCCCGCUGAUAACGGCUUUAUGUCCCUCGGCUCGACCUCAGGCAUGAACAUCUACUUCGCCCAGAUGUCAGCCCGCAUGGUGGAACUGUUGCGGGAGAUUUCCGGAUCCGGGAUGAUCAUGCAACCCAGCGAGGCCGACCUGGCGAACCCCGAGUUUCGCCCUUAUCUCGACCGGUACAUGCCCGGUCGCGGCGUCGGCGUGGAGUACAAGUCCCGGCUAUUCCGCCUGGCCCACGACCUGGCCGCGUCGUCCUUCGGCAUGCGGCAGGAGAUUUACGAGUAUUGGCACGGGGGCGACCCGAACCGCAACCGCAUCAACCUACUCCGCAACUACGACCAGACGGACAUCACGGAGCGUAUCAAGACGCUGAUCGCGGAGCCGCUGCGGUCGUAA